AUGCGCCGCACCGUGCAGAAAAACGCCAAGUAUGUGUGUCUGGCCAGUAAGAACUGUCCUGUGGACAAGAGGAGGCGCAACCGCUGCCAGUACUGCCGCUUCCAGAAGUGUCUGAGUGUGGGCAUGGUGAAGGAAGUGGUGCGCACUGAUAGCUUGAAGGGGCGCCGAGGCCGUCUUCCUUCCAAACCAAAGAGCCCCCUGCAGACAGAAGCGUCUCCACCUUCUCCACCCCUCAGCCUGCUCUCCGCUGUGCUCAGGGCUUAUUCCCAUUGUACGCCUCGUGACUUUGACUACAGCCAGUUCAGUGCUGCCGACCCUCCCUCCUCCUCCUCAGACGCCGAGCACAUCCAGCUUUUCUACAGGCUGCUCACCAUCUCGAUGGAGACCACAAGGUGCUGGGCUGACCGGCUGCCCGGCUUCUCCGAGCUUCAGCGUGAUGAUCAGAACCUGCUCAUAGACUCUGCCUUCCUGGAGCUGUUCGUCCUGAGACUGGCUCACAG